AUAUUUGGAUUUUGAAAAAGAAGAAUUAUCAUUAUUUACUAUACAAUGUAAAAAAGAACUACAAACAGAAAAUAGCAGUAGUGACUUACCUAAUUUAAAAGAUUAUAAUCAAAGCUUAGCAACUUAG